CUUCCUGAUCGAAAACCAUUAUAAACCACAGUGAUAAUUGCUGUUCAGAAUACUGGACCGUGAACAAUUACAAGGCUACACGCAUCAUACUUCCAAGAUGUUCUUCGGCGUUGUCAUAUCAUCCUUCGUCGUGACCAUUGUGGCUGCCAGUUGUGUGACCAAUCCGUGCCAAAACAAUGGCACAUGUAAUCUCCCUCAUUAUACAGGCGACACUGCACUCUAUUACUGCAGAUGUACAUCCGGCUGGGAAGGACGUUAUUGCAAGGACCCUUUCCGGUACAUCGGAUGCUUUGAGGACAGUGUUGCCCGUAUCAUGCCAGUCAUGCUCCCAUUGUCACGGUCGAACUCGCCGUUGGAGUGCGCCGCUCGCUGCCAUGGUUACCCUUAUAGCGGCACACAGGACGGCAUUGAGUGUUUUUGUGGACACUAUCUGAACGCCAAGAAAAGGAAGGAUUCCGAAUGUAACAUGGCCUGUCCUGGGGACAACAGUCAAAAAUGCGGAGGCAGCUGGCGAAUGAGCGUCUACAGCAACAUGGCCGAGAAAUGAGUCGACUCAUGAAAAAAGAAAAUCGUUGCUCGGAAUAAACAUGUGUGAGCUGAUACAAAUAGCCGGAAGGAUACUCUUCGAUCUUUUAAAAAUGUUUGCUUUCGUUUUUUUACAGAACAUUAUUGAAUAGCCAUUUACUAACUGCAUGAUUACAGGGAAUUUUUUUUGCUGAGCAGUUUACGGAUGUUUUUUCGUGAACAAAAGUUUUUACUUAGACACAUUAAACUGACUUCAAUUAACUUUUAUAAUACAUAGGAAUGAAUGUUAUAAGUAUGGAAAUGAUAACAAAGAACGA